ACCGUCAAUUUCCUAGCUGAUUAGUAGUUCUAACCUCACUACCAUUGGUCUGACAUGUUUUGAUUCAGUUAAAUCUAUGCGUUAAAUUUACAAUGUUUAUAAUACAGGAAGACCUCCAAACUGCUGAUAGGUUUAAGCUGGUGACCUCCGCUUUGGAUCGGCUGGUUGUUAUUGACGCUCAAGCCAAUUCCCAAUGCAUUGACCUGCCAAAGCUCCCGGCUGCAGAGCAGGAUGAUAAAGUGGGUCAAAUCAAGCCAACUGAAGCCGUAAUCAACCGGAUCACCUGCAUGGAGUCUUCCAGAGAUCAGCAGUACAUAGCAGUGACCACUGAAAGCAAGCAGUUGGUGGUCUUUGGGGCCCAUUUCGGCGUGGUGAAGAACCUGAUUUUGGCGCGAGCGCCUAGCAAGGUGUGCUUUACGCCAACCAACGAUGUAUUAGUGGCCGAUAGGACUGGGGAUGUUUACCUGUAUAAAAUAGCAGACGAAAGUAAUCAGCCGCAGUUGCUACUGGGACAUUUAAGUGUGAUUCUGGACAUGUUGGUAACAACCUGCGGCCAGUACGUGAUAACUUGCGACCGAGACGAGAAGAUCCGCGUGUCCCGUUAUCCGAACUCGUAUAACAUUGCCACUUUCUGCUUGGGGCAUACGGAGUUUGUUACUUCCCUGGCUUUGCUAACUAAUCCCAACGUCCUCCUGUCGGCUUCGGGGGAUGGGACUGUUCGGAUGUGGCACUACUCGGAGGGCAAACAAAUUAGCAUAAUAAACACGGCUGGUUUGGUGGAUGGGCUCACUAUGGAAAAGUUCGGCAGCCAAAUGGAUCUGGAAAAAGUGGACGUAACUGCCCUCCCAGUAACCAGCAUGAAAGUGAGCGAACAAAACGGACUGGUAACUCUAGCUAUUUCCUUAUACAGUAUUCCCAAACUGUAUCUAUACAGCAUUAAGACGCCCAGUUUAGAACAUUCGCUUAAGCAUACUGUGGAUUUGUAUGCCAACAUUGUCUCUUAUUGGCUAACAAGUCGGCUCUAUGUGCUCUCAGAUAAGUUUGAGGUAUAUCAAGUUGACGCUGAUACUCUUAGGGCAGUGGACGCGAAAACUACCCAAAAUAGACUAGUUGAGUAUAAAGCGGCCUUUGUAAGUAACGACUGCGACGUUACAGCGUGGUAUAAAAGGAAGUUUGAUAACGUUCAGGAAUACAUGGAGCGAAAAAAGCUGAGGCUGGAGUCGAAAUAAAACGGGAGUUUUAUUUU